CCUCCCACCACCCAGUCCCUGGCGGCGAUGAGACAGAGCGGCGCCUCCCAGCCCCUGCUGAUCAACAUGUACCUGCCAGAUCCCGUCGGAGACGGUCUCUUCAAAGAAGGAAAGAGCCCGGGCUGGGGACCGCUGAGCCCCGCGGUACAGAAAGGCAGCGGCCAGAUCCAGUUGUGGCAGUUUCUGCUGGAGCUGCUGGCUGACCGCGCCAACGCUGGCUGCAUCGCCUGGGAGGGCGGCCACGGCGAGUUCAAACUCACCGACCCAGACGAGGUGGCGCGGCGCUGGGGCGAGCGCAAGAGCAAGCCCAACAUGAACUACGAUAAGCUGAGCCGCGCGCUGCGCUAUUACUACGACAAGAACAUCAUGAGCAAGGUGCACGGCAAGCGCUACGCCUACCGCUUCGACUUCCAGGGCCUGGCGCAGGCCUGCCAGCCGCCCCCCGCGCACGCCCACGCCGCCGCCGCGGCCGCCGCCGCGGCCGCCGCCGCCCAGGACGGCGCGCUGUACAAGCUGCCGGCCGGCCUGGCCCCGCUGCCCUUCCCCGGCCUCUCCAAACUCAACCUCAUGGCCGCCUCGGCCGGCGUCGCGCCCGCCGGCUUCUCCUACUGGCCAGGCCCGGGCCCCGCCGCCACGGCCGCCGCCACCGCUGCGCUCUACCCCAGCCCGGGCUUGCAGCCGCCGCCCGGGCCUUUCGGCGCGGUGGCCGCGGCGUCGCAUCUCGGGGGCCAUUACCACUAG